GGUGACAGAGGAGGAACCAAACCGAACUCCACCGAGAUUAACAUGUGAAAGAAGUCGGUUUGUGGAGGAAGACUCAAGACCUUUCAGCGUGUGACUAGCGCAUGCGUAGAAACAAAACUCAAACUACAACCCAGAGGAGGUGGGAACUGAAAAUGACCAUUCGCUGUCAGGAUUCUUUCCUCAGCUCCCUAACCCACAUCCAUCCUUGGAGUCUCUCUCCAGGCAGUGUUCACAUGCUCAGAACUUUAGCUGGGCAGAGCUGGUUAAGCAAACAAACCCAGUCAUUUGAAUGCAAUGAUUAACAGGAAGCCGGGGAAGCAGGCACAGUUACCACCGGCCGUCCACUGGGAGAAGAGGCUUGGCUCAGAUCUCCAGAGAGAUGUAUCGCAGCAAGGUCACCGAUAGUGAUUUCCCUGUGGGGACGCGUAGGGUCACUGACCCCAGAAUUCUCCCUGGCAUAGGGCAUUUUUGUCUAGUAAUUAAUUGGAUUUUUGUGUAGUAGUUGGUUGUAAGUUGGUUGGAGGCUGGGCAACGGAGCUGCUGAGGAAGUCUGUCAACGCAAAAUGAAAAUAUAAGCAAGCUAGGAAAAGGGAAGAGAAGAGGAGAAAGGACCAAGACAUUACACGCUCCUCAUUAGAGCCACAUCCAGGAGGGACGAUGUCUGGACUUGGAGAAAAUGUAAGUUGAAAGACACGCCUCUCCAACCCCGUCUGUAAAGACAUUUUGCUCGUUUCCUGGCUUUAGACGAUGGGCUCCUGGAACUACCGGCGUCUUUUUAGUCUGUCUGUUUUUGUUGCCUUGAUGUUUGUAUUUAUUUACAACAGCAAAUUGUGGGAGAACAAUCACCUCCCAAGGGUGAUUCCCAAUGCUUCCGUCUUAGCUGAAGUCUGUUUUCAGAUAGUGAGUGAGGAGAAUUUUUAUCCAGCGUACAGCCCGUGGACAACGACCCUGGAAAACUUCACCUGUUCCCAGUACAGGGUUCAAAACCACUACAUAACAGAAACUCUCUCCGAAGAAGAAGCUGGCUUCCCUUUGGCUUUCAUAAUGACUGUCCACAAAGAUUUUGACACCUUCGAAAGGCUCUUCAGGGCGAUUUACAUGCCCCAGAAUGUCUACUGUGUGCACGUGGAUAAGAAGGCGUCAGAGACUUUUAAAGAUGCCGUCCAGCAGUUACUAAGCUGCUUCCCCAAUGCCUUCCUGGCCUCUAAGACAGAGGCCGUGGUCUAUGCUGGCUUCUCCCGGCUCCAGGCAGACCUGAACUGCAUGGAAGAUCUGGUGGCCUCCAAGGUCCCGUGGAAGUUUGUCCUCAACACCUGUGGGCAGGACUUCCCCCUGAAAACCAACAGGGAAAUAGUUCAGUACCUGAAAGGGUUUAUUGGGAAGAAUCUCACCCCCGGGGUGCUGCCUCCUGCUCACGCCAUCGGUAGGACCAAGUACAUCCACCAGGAACAAUUAAACGCUAAAAAUCCCUACGUGCGCUUUACGCCAAAAUUAAAAACUCCUGCUCCUCACAAUAUGACCAUUUAUUUUGGCACCGCCUAUGUGGCUCUCACCCGGGAGUUUGCUAACUUUGUCCUCAAAGAUCAGCGUUCACUGAACUUACUCUCCUGGUCCAAGGACACCUACAGUCCCGACGAGCAUUUCUGGGUGACACUCAAUAGGAUUCCCGGAGUUCCUGGUGCCAUGCCAAAUGCCUCCUGGACAGGCAACCUCAGAGCUAUCAAGUGGAAUGAUAUGGAAGCUAUGCACGGAGGCUGCCAUGGUCACUAUGUGCAUGGCAUCUGCAUCUAUGGCAACGGAGACUUAAAAUGGCUAAUAAAUUCACAGAGCCUAUUUGCUAACAAAUUUGAGGUCAACACGUACCCUUUCACUGUGGAAUGCCUGGAGCUGUGGCUUCGAGAGAGAACCCUCAAUCAAAGUGAGACCGCCAUACAACCCAGCUGGUAUUUUUGAUCCACAGCAGCUCUGGCCGGAAGGGAAACAGAAGGCGUAGUAAAGCGGAGCCUUCCUCUCCAAGAGACCCUCGCCUUGGCUAAGCAGGAGGCUUCAAGAACUGGUUUCAGGAAAAUAUCAGGACCUGGCUUCACAACUAUGCUUAAAUUAUCCACUGGACACUGUGAUACACUGACAGGGUGGCAGGGUGUAGCUGUUCUGCCAUUUUUAGCUAGUCUGGUCAUUUCUUUUGAACGUCUCUUCUGUGUCUUCUUUUUUAAAGACAGGCUCUUGCCGUCUAUCUCUGGCUACCUUGCUUCUUUCCAGGUAGCCCAGGAUGGCCUUGAACUCUCCUCAUCUCCCACCUCGCACCCACCAAGUGCUGCUAUUACACGUGUGUACAAACACACCUGGCUCUGCUGUCUGGCAGUCAGUCACCUGAUGCUACUGGUGUGGUCGAUGAUAAAUUUAAAUGCAUCAGCUCUUUGUGCCAGAUACUAAUAUUAGUAUAUCCUGCUGGAAAGGAGAAUGAUGGGUGGUACUAUCUAAGGAAAUCAAAACUUGGUUUAUUGGAGGAGGAAGCGUUCAUAACCACCUUCGCAGCAACUAUGUGCCCAGCCAUACAUAGGAGUAGAGAUGGCUUUCUAGUAACUCACCGAUUUCAUUUAAUCAGGAAUGGAUCGACUGUGGUGGUGCACACCUUUAAUUUCAACACUCCGGAGGCAGAGCAGGCAGAUCUCUGAGUUUGAAUCCGGCUUGGUCUAUGGAGAAAGUUCCAGGACAGCAAGGGCUACACAGAGACUCCCUGUCUUGAAAAACAAAAACAAAAGGAACUGAUCUUGAGGAGCUGAGGAACUAUGUAGUUCAGUGACUGAGCAUUUAACGGACACAUGUGUGGACUUGAACUCCGUCUCUAGCAUCACAAACAGACCUGUGAACACGGACAUUCUCAGUUUACUUGAGUCUGAAGUUGUGUGUAUAGUACAAAAGCCAUUAACAUGCGACAGAACAUGUCCUGAAGACAGGAGACACUCUGUGGCUGCAGGAAGAGGACCUCAGGGAUGCCGGGCGUUUCCAUGUUUUAUUCCAGAAUGUUCUCUUUCCCACCGAGAACCCUGAAACAGCCUCAGAAGAAUGAAGGGAUUCUUUCUUCCCCACGGGAAAGGUGCUAGUCUGUGGAUCUGGAGACCGUGAAUAGCUCACUUCUGGGUUUCCAUUUCUAUAUGAGAGAUAGGGACCCAGUUCUCUUGUACACAGCUUUAACCACACCAGGGCAGCCUCCAGGUAGCUUGCAAUGAUUGGUGCUGACAGGAGUUCCUGAACACUUAAGAGCUUGAUUCCAGGUGGGCAUCUGUGCCAUUUUUCAGUCCUUCAUUCAUUCAUCCAUUAGUCUAGUCUGCCUUCACUAAACGCCUCUCAGACGUCUGUGAUCCUCUGGACACAUGUUGACCCAAGAGGGAAACCAGACAGAUAUUUUCUCCGCUGUAAAACUGGGGAGUAUAUCAGCCUCUGAAACCCUGCUCUAGAGUCUUACAAAAUGAUUGCACUGCGCAUGUGCCCUGGCCUGGCUAUAUAUAUAACAUCAGACCAUAGGGAUCAAUAAUUACAGUCAGGUUAGUCCAGAGACGUGGGGGAAGGAGAAACAAAAGCUGAAGCCUGUUGGCUUCCACCAGCUCCUUCUUGUCUCAUUUUAUUCAAAAGUCACAGCCCUCUCUCUCAAGGAUGACGUGAGCAUCCGCAUCUCUCAAAUGAUGUAACAAGCCUUAGGGCGACUUGUUAUAAAUUCUUAUAUUUGCUCCUUCACAAUCAUAAGUGUCCUUCUGAUCCUCUCAGCUCAUUUCCAUAGGGCUGCUGAAAGAAGGUAAAAUAAAAGCCAUAUGUAGUAUCUCCAGAGAAGGCAGUGCUUAAGAGUGGACUCUUAAUUUGGAGAAAAAGUUACAUCAUUCAGAAAAAUAUGAGGUUAGGACUCAGCAUGUGGGGGUGCUUGCCACCAAGCCUAGCAACCUGAGUUUAAUUCCUGGGACCCACAGGCUGGAGGAAAAAGAGUUCAUGCCCACAGGCUGGAGGGAGUGGGUUCAUGCCCACAGGAUGGAGGGAGAGAGUUCACGCCCACAGUUACUCUAUGACCCCAACAUACAUGUUGUUGCACAGAGUCACUCCCCAACACACAAACGAAUAAGUAUGAUUUUUAAAAUGUGACCAUCUUUGCUAGCUCUCUUGUAUUCCUAACUAUUUAUUUGUUCUAAUGAAGAAAGCCCUUGCUGUAAAUGGCAUCACUUAGCACGAUUUCGUUCUUGCACUGUAAUUGUACCUGCUGAGAGCUGAUUGUCUUUAAAGGGAUUCAUGUUCAUGUAAACCUUUCUUUUUCCUUCUACUGAAAAAUGAAACGGCACUGUAUCCAGGACUCAGGGGUUGAAAGCAGGGAUACGUGUAGUCAAGGUCAAGUCUCAGACUGGUCUCUUUUUUGUUACUUGGAUGAUAGCACCUGAAAAGAAAUGUUUUACACUGGAUCUCUCCUGGGAAAUGAGAAAUGUUUUCUGGAAUAGAAGUUUACAUGCCCGUUGCUGGUCACCUCUUUCUUGUAAAUACUUUAAUAUUGGAAGAGAGUAACAUCUGAGCUAGUGCACUAGCUGGGAAGGUACCCUCGUCUACGAUAUCCAUUUUGGUUUUGAUGUUUUCUGUUUUUAUUUUCUUAGAAAUAAAUUAAUAUAUUGUUUUCCACCUUCAGGGAUAG